AUGAGCUGCUCUAUAUGCUUUGUCAUAUUUCUGGUUUUUGUUUCUGUGUUUGCCUCGACUGCCAACGGUGAGUUAAAAUAUUUUUAACGCACGGCAAAUACCGAUACUACUUUUUAAGGUCUUGAAACUAUAACAACUUUAAAUAUUUGUAAAAAUUAUUUUAAACUCUCAGCAACAACUACGGCAUCCAUACUCCAAAUUUAACUUAAACUUUCAUCACGCAAACUUCAACUGUCAUCUCAACUCAUAUUGGCCCGCUGCAAUCUUUAAACUCUUUUUUAACAACGCAUGGUUUUUAGGCCAACCCGACUGAAUGGAAACUACGAAUGCUUUUUUUAAAAAAAUCUCGCGUCUUUUCGUUCUUUUUUCUUGGUUUGUGCACGAAAUAUCCUUAACAUACACUUAAGUUGAAAAGUAUAGAAUUUCGGAAAACCGAUAUGAACGUGACCUUAGAAAAGCUUAUCUAAAAAAAAAAUAUUUGCGCCGUAAUCAAAUUCUGCAAAUUCUUUUAACAGCGCCGUUUAUCAUGGCUCGAAGUGAAAACAAUUGUAUCCUAGUUAUGUUAUUAGCAUGUUUUAAAAUCUGGGAAAAUAAUCCCAGCUUCAUUAUAAAAAAGAUUCUUAUUUGAGGAAGAGGGUACGAUUGUUUUUUGGCCCAAAAAAAGUGACAAGAUACCGUCAAGUAAAUUCAGUGACAACCAGUACUACUGAGAGUUGGUACUAGAUCUAUCUACUUUCACCUAACAAAUUUAUACGACUAGAAACCGUAGCGUUACAAUAUGCUUUCAAAAAAGGCGGGAAUCUCCUUCAAUUUUGUCCUCCAGAAGCCCGUCACAGUAAACAUCGCAUCACAACUGGGAACUGGUUUACAGAAAAAAAACCUUCAUUUUUCUUAAAAGGGAAUAUAAACUAGGGUACUUUCGUUUCGUGCAUUUUGUAGUAGUUUAACUUGACGCUAUCUAAAAGGUACUCUCAGAUGGUAGACUGUUUACAGUCCCCUAUUUUUUCGUAAUAUCGUCGAGAUCGAGCGCCGCGUUUCAGUUCGAGCGGCCAUCUUGAUCUCAGAUGUGCAUCCGGGGACGCUGAGCAUCGAGGUUAUAUUUCCCUUCCAUCAUCUCUUUAAACCUAGCCCGACUAGAUUAUCAACUGCUAUAUGUGGGCGAGUAAUUGUUUACUCCUAAACAAUUUUGAAGUUGGUAAUAAAGUUUGAUUCUGUAAGUGCACUUGUGUAUUUAGCUGGAGAAAAUUACUUAUGUUAGAAAAAAAUCUUGCAUUCCACCUUAAUAUUUGCAGGAACAAUCAAUUAUUCAACGUAGAAUUAACUUUUUUUAGUUUAUGUUUGAUUGGAGUGUUGUUCUUGAUUUACAGUAUCUAUUUCUUACAGAGUGUGCCAGCUUUAUCAUUUAAUUCGCUCGGGACCAUUUCUGGAUAACGUACGACUGUAUUGGUUAAGUUUAUGAUCAAAACAUGAUAUUCCUCACUUCACCUCGUUUUUUGCUUGAUACCACUGAACGCUACAUCGCCUACAUGCGUUUUGUUUCCCUGUAAUUUUUAAAAUGCUUUAUGUACUUUAAAAAACUGUCGGCACGUAUUUUGUGCCUGUGUGACCGACGAAUCUUAGCGGUCUUUUCGCGCUAUAAUAAGGAAAGCUCUGUUUACUUAAUUAUACUGAAGCGAAGUAGGUGGCAAAGUACAAAGAGAACCCGAAAGAUAGAACACUUUACAUGUAAGUGAAGUCGAGACAACGUUACUCAGAAAAUGAGCAUUUUUAAAAGACUGGAGAUGUUUCUUACCGCGCGUAUGACUUGCACGCAAAGAGCGCGUGCGCACACGUGUAGCGCCUCCACGAACAGAGAUCAGCAGCCCUCAAGCAUAAACAGGGAAAUGAACAUUCCUUUAAGGAUGUUUUAUAAUGAUACCUUUUUUUGGAACAAGCCUGCUUAUAGAAAUGAAAGCAACCAUUAUACUGAUAAAUUACUAUCAAUUAAGCUGCCGUCUGCCGAUGAUAAUCUACGCCCUUUUGGUGCAAAUACCACCAAAGGGAGUGAAUGGGGUUAACCGAAAAGCGACAAAGGGCGAAAAAUAUUACUGACUACCACCAAAACGGGAAAAAAUUACCGACUACCGACAGGAAAAAUAUUAACCGACAACCGACAUGGACCAAUAUUAUCUUUUUUUAGAAAGAAGAACAUAUCUAACUUUCUAGGAAGUAACCAAAGAUACCACCGACUUUGUAAAUUUUUAUUGAAAAGACAAAGGUGAAAAACCGAGCAUUUCUUGUUUCGAUGGACGUCACAAAUAUUUUUACAAAUAUACCACAUAAUGAGGCAUUGAAAUAGUUUGCAGAGCGUAUGAAAAUUUAAAAAAGCAACCCACCUAUUUCUACACAUUACCUGCCAGAAAUGCUAGUUAGAUUAACCCUCAAAGAAAAUUCUUUCCAGUCGAAUGAAACGCCCUACCUACAAACUCACGGUACUGCGAAGGGCUAAGACAGCAGUUUCCUUUGCCAACAUGGCAUAUGAUAAAAUUAGCAAAACCGCUAAAUUUUGUUGACAAACCUUUGCGAUGUACAUAAAAACAUAAAAAAAAGCGACACCCUGUAUUCAUUUGGUCUUGUUCAUUUGAAUGUAACGGGAUGAUAUAUAAUUUAAGUGGUGGCUUUAAGUGACUCUCAUUGUUUUAAGACACAGUUGUCUACAAAGGCAUAAGAAUUCAACGAAAAAGCCAUCCUUGAUGUAAAGACACAAAAGGAAACCUUCCAGCACACAUGAUUUCGCCCCUUGUCACCCACUGCAGGAUUUGUCACCGAAGGAGAAGCCUUCAGUUUAACCUUAAACAACGUUUUUCCAAAUUUCAAAAAAACGCCUGACGGACAGAGGCUACCAAAAUUUGAAAGAAAAAUUGCCAUCACGAAUAAAUAAAACUCACAGAAACUGGAAGUUCGCCCUCCUGACACAAAACGGUAAGGAAGAGAAAAAAUGUUGCCUUUCGUGUUAUAAUACUAGCUCUUAGUGUCUACUAUAAAAGAAGCUUUAAUGGAGUGGUAAAAAUUUGCAAAGGGUCAGACAGGCCGCACAUCCUCACCGGCGUGAAACCUUUGAAAACCUUUUGCAUUUUGCUCCAGUGAGGAGAACUCUUUCAGGGAUUUUACACUUUGAAAUUUGAACGUAAUUGAUAUAGCUUUUAUAUAGCGGCGCGGUACAGUUUAUGUUCAGCAGGGGAAAAUUGAGUAAGUUGAGCAGAACCUUUAAAAAUGUACAACAGACAAUUUAUUCAGUUCGCGCGUAUAAUUCCUGUUGAAUUUGUAGUCUGCGUAUGAGAUAUGUCUACUCAAAAAUAUUAUAACAAUUUUCCAUAGCUGCUGUAAUCUUAGGGUAUCUGCUUUUAAUAUAUUCGUAAAGUUUAGGUUUACGCAAUCUCAGAGAGCAAUGCUGAGCUGUACACAGCACGUAUUCUUUUAAUAUAUCCAGAUCUGACACUGGUUUUGGGUAUAUUUAUCACGUCUCUAGUAGAAGCAUGAUUUAAAUACGUUAUGAUGCUGUGUCCUUUGACUGAUGUCGAUUUAAAACUCAAUCGCUUUGUAAAUGUAACUUGUAGUUUUAAUAUCAGAGGAGAGUGUUUUAAAGCUCGAUAUUUUUUAAUACCAUGGAAAAUUAUCAUAAUUUUGAGCCGACAUAUCUUAUAAACGGGUCAACAAAUUCAACAGGAAUACGCGCGAACCGAAUGAUAAAUUGUCUGUUGUACAUUAAAGCAGGGGCACCCGACGUCAAUUUUUGGAAAAUGUCUGUUCGGAAGACGAUUUGAGAUCUAGAAUUUUCGGAACAUUUGUUGUAAAUUUCUUGCCUGUAUACCUCUCCUAGGAUUUUCGAACAUCUAAGAAAUAGCAUAAUUGUCCAUUUUUAACGGAUUUCUACCCUAAAAAAAGUCACCUAGAAUUUUCGGGAGCCUUUUUUCUGGCUAAAAUUUUCGAAAAGGUAAGUUUUGAUCCCUAUAAUGUUUGGAUCACUAGAUUUUCAGCUAGGAAAUCCGAACAGAUGACAAAUUUUUAGGCGAUAAAAAUAUGCCUAUAUCUACCGUUUAAAUACUAAAAUACGUUCAACAAUGCUAUGUUUAAGUGGUUUUGAACUAUAUUCUCGUUGGGUGCCCCUGAUUAAAGGUUCUGCUCAACUUAUACAUUUUUCCCCUGCUGAACAUAAACCGUAUCGCGCCGUAUCUUGGUCCGCUACAUAGAAGCUAUAUCGUCGUUCAAAUUUUAAAGUGUAAAAUCCCUGAAAGAGAUAUCCUCUCUGGGGCAAUAUGUAAAAGGUUAUCAAAGGUUUCACGCCGGUGAGGUUGUGCGGCCUGUCACCCCUUGCUGUUUUUCCAUUAUUCACAACAGUUAAAAAAAGACACGUACAGAUUACUUUAAAGUUUCAUUUUUCAAUCGCUACAUAACAGACUGGUAUUCCAUCGAACAUUAUUUAUGAACCUUUAUUAAUCAGUUUUAAUUCCUGUCUAUUAGAUCAUUUGCGUCAAUUUUAAAUCAAGUGUAACUCAGUGAGUGACAAGUAUGCAAUUUAAUUAGGUUAGCUUUGGGCCGUAUUUCUUUUUUCCCGAGUUACAACCGCCUUAACCUGCGCGUAGACGAAAUUAAACUCUGGUUAACUCCGUCUAAUCAGAGUUUAGUUAUCGUCUGCACGCAGGCCACAACCGCCUUACCCUUUUAUUAAUUCCACUGGACAGAAAGGUAUUACUUUCAUAUUAUAUACCUCAGUUCUACUGACAUGAAAUGGUACAUCUUUUACAUACCUCCUUUAGAACUUUGCAUCCCUUUUAAGUUUAAGUUUAAGUUUAAUAAUACUUUGUACAAGUAAAUAGAUUACAGAAAAUACAAAAAGUGCACUUUGUUACGUUAAGUACCCCCCGGGGGCUAUGCUAUAGUUUAAGUUAGGGAGCAAAGUCCUCAGUACCCGAAAGCAGGAAACAAGCUUAAGGUAUUUGACUUGCAAUGUACUUUAUUACACAUAGCAGUUGGUAAAUGAGAGUAUGCGUCAUUGACUAGCUUUGAGGUCAAGGUGACUGGAUAUUGGCCAAGAUAUAUUGUCCAUCAACCAGCAAGCAAAGCGGAGCGAGGCUAGUAUCCACCCAUUUAGACUUUUGAAAAAGUCCGUUGUCGAAUUUCAUAUAUGGCGCGGGACUUCGUCGCUCGCGGCCUAAGAAGAGGUCGACUUAUAGCAAGUUUACCACCCAUCAUGAACGAACAAGAUUACCGGUAGCUCAUAACUGAAGAGUUGGCAAAUGGUAAAAAAAAGAGUUUCUUGCGGGGACAAAGCGAGUAAUACCGAGCGUACCUGACACAGUGCGUGUCUUGCUCGCGUCGUAGCGUUUCCAGUCAUAUUUCAGCGGAUAAUGUAUUGGACCGUUUUUUUUGCGUCUGAUUCAGUGGAAGGAAAUUCAGUUACAGGGUGUUAUUGUCAUUAUGCAGGGCUGGGUCACCCUUUUAAAGCCCAAAGAACGUCCGUGUGUGAGAAGCUAAUUUCCAUAGCCAUUGAUGUAUGUUGUUUUUUUGGCAGUGCAGGGUAAACACUAGCCUGCGAAGCGCAGACGACCGGAAAUACCGUGCGUCUGGGCUUCGCAGGCUAAGUACACAUUGACAUCUGCUAGAAUUCACUGACGAAGAUUGUUUUGCGCGUGAUACAUGGAUAACAAUUUCAGCCCUCUUUUUAAGUCACGAAUUGGGAUGUUAAAUCAACUUCUUUAUCAGGUUCUUUUAGAAUGCAAAGAACUUGUUAAAUACCUAGGUAUUCUUAUAGACAAAAACCUUAGCUGGAAACAACACAUUGAUCUUAUCGCAUUAAUUGAAAAGCUUUGAAAACUAGUAAAACUUUACGAAUCAUCCCUAGACUAAAGCAUUUUGUUCCUUUUCGAACUUAAUCGCAGGUGUAACAACCUUUGAUCUAUCCCUAUUAUAGUUAUGGCUUAAGCUCUUGAGGGCAAACCACAAAAAAAGUAAGUUAGAUUAACUUCAUAUUCUUCUAAUAGGGGCUCUUCGGUUAAUGCAUUUUUCACCAAGUAGAAAAGAUCACGUGAUUCCUCUCUUUAUCAAAAGCAACAUCUAUAAGUUUUCUAAAUGUUGAAUCAAUCAGCAGCGUGUAUAAAGUCAAGAAUAACAUCGCGCCAGUUAAUUUAAGAAACCUCUUUGAAGACAUAUCAGAUAUACACCUGUCGUAUCACAGGCGGCCCAAACUCACGUUGCUAGGGAAGGGUGUAAUGUAAUUUACAUAACAUAGGUGACGCGCCGGUGUCGCGUUACAGGCGACUGUUGAAAAUAUAAGAGACUUUGUAUGAGAAAUAUAUUACAAAGAUCUGCGAACGCUAAAUAACGCUAAACCUUACUUUUUCUUAAAUGAAAUGAAUACAAAAGACUUACCUGCAAUUUAUUCCACUACAUUUUGGUAUCUGUUUGUCGUUUUACUGGUAUUUUUGGCUUUACUGCGUAACCACUGUUACUCCUUUCAUAGAACUUCAACUUUAUUAGAACGAAAUGAAAGGAGUAACAGUGGUUACGCAAUAAAGCCAAAAAAACAGUAAAACGACAAACAGACACCAAAACGCAGUGGAAUAGAUUGCAGGUAAGAUUUUUUUUAUUCAUUUCAUUGAAGAAAAAGUAAGGUUUAACGUUAUUUAGCGUUCGCAGAUCUCAGUAAUGACAGUAAUAUAUUUCUCAUACAAAGUCUCUUAUAUUUUCAACGGUCGCCUGUAACGCGACACCGGCGCGUCACCUAUGUUAUGUAAAUUACAUUACACCCCCUGUCCCUCGCAACUUGAGUUUGGGUCGCCUGUGGUCGUCUAGCACAAAGUUAGCUGCCGCCAGUAAUUUCUACUUCAAACACUCAAGAUUAGAAAUAAUGUGCAAAAGCCUUCCAUUUCAAGUUCUGGAGCCAAAGCGUGGAAUGGAAUACCAACACAUUUAAAACAGCUUAAUACGGAAAUUUCGAAAAACGAUUGCAUGAGAUUAUCAUGCAGAUCCUAAAGAACCAAGACGAAUGUCGGCUUGAACUGCUCACCAUUCUCCAACAACUGAAUUUCGUUUAGUAUCUUAUUUUGCUUGUCAAGCAGGCCUACUUAAUUUUUCCUUUUUCGUCAGUUCUUACCAAAUUAAUCUUCCUUUUCUUAUAACACUUUUUUUGUUUAUAUUUUAUUUUACCAAUCUACGUAUAUCAUUUUCUAACGCAAUCCGCCUCAAAUAGCCUUUGCUACUCGCGGGUUGUGCGCGGCGAGAAACUUUUUAUUUCAUUACAAGAUUUUGAAGUAAAUAAAGUUGUUGUUGUCUCAGUGUUGUUGUCAGUUAUUAACGCUGGCUGAUCUUGAUGAAAAAUUGAGGGUGUAAACAUGCUUACAUACAUUAAUGAACAGAAUAGGCUAACAGGUUUGACAUGACAUUGUAAGAACUAGUUUAAACCAUAAUUAUUAAAUCAGUAAAGUAUGGUAUAUUUUGAAAAGCUCCAGCAUUUUCUUCUGUUGCUCCUUUUUUAUGUCUUCAGCUGGUUUUGGAAUAUGGGAACCGUUUCCAAAAAACAAGAAUUGUAUAGAGUAUUCUUCAGUUGAAGUCACCUGUGUGGCAUAUGAUAGCAAUGACACAUCAGGAGUCAUACCCGAUAGAAUUGAGUUUGUUGGAUCAGAGAACGAUGAAAAAUUGACGGCUGAUGGCAAUGUCUUCUUUACCACCAAAAGAAAAGGUAGGUUAGCAAUACGAACAUUAGCUAGAUAAGCCCCAAAAUUAAAGAACAUUGCACAUUAUGGAUAUUAUGUUACGCAGGAUUAUAGUCAUAUCCUGCACAUAUAUGGCCUCAUGUAAUAGAAUCCGGAUUCUGGAAUCCUCCAAAUUUUUUCUGUAGAAUUCGGAAUCCUCGGUUUUGGAAUCGAGAAUACAGCUCAAGGAAUCUGGAAUCCCAUUAACGACUGGAGCUCAGAAUCCAAGAAUCGCAAAUCCAGUACAAGGCAGGGAAUUCAGAAUCCAAGAUUGUUUUGGAUUCCCUUUACAAGAGGCGACAUAUAUUUUUGGUUGUUUUUGGCUGUUCACACCCUCCCUAACAGGAACGCGACUUACCAUAUCAGGAGCCCAUCAUCUCACCACAAUCAUUAGGGUAUAAAGUUACAGUGAAACCUCUAUUAAGCGGACCCCAAUUAAGCGGGCACCCUCUAUUAAGCAGACACUAAGCCGGGUCCCGAAACGAACGUCUGAUAUUUUCCUCUACAACGAACCCCUAUUCAGCAGACACCUCUAAAAACCUCUAUUAAGCGGACACCGGACUGAAUUGACAAUAGUAGUACUGGAUUAUGUCCUUGCAAUAAGUACUGAAGUCAGUUAGUGUUUUUGCAUUUACAAACAAAUUAAAGUUGGUAAUGAAAGGUAAUGAACUUGAACUCUCGAUAGCUUCUUUAACAACAUGCAACUUUAUCACAGCACAGAGUAACCGUUGAAUGUUUAUCGUUAACAAACAUUGCGCAAUUUUUACAACCCUUAUUAAGAGGACACCCUAUAUUAAGCGGACACUUGGGAAGGUGCCGAAGGUGUCCGCUUAAAAGAGGUUUCACUGUAGUUCCUUAGCUCCCUAUUGUUAUACCUCUGAUAAAGUCUAUGUGAUCAGACGGAACCGGUCAGAAAAAUAAAACACGUUAACAAGAUAUAUAUACAAGCGUUCCUUCAUUAUGCUUACUAGUGUUCAUUUCAAAAAUCAUGAUUUUUCUUUCACAUGAUGUUUGUGUCACUAUAAAAUCCCGCGUGUAAGAACCUAGGGUUUAGGAACGUGCUGGCAGAAAUUUGCCAUUUUAAUACCCAAAAAUAUAACAAUCUGUUCAGCCAAGCAAGAUCAACCAGGUUCUUCUAUGUGGUAAAUAUUUAAGGGCCGAACCCAAGGUUAUUUAAUUUUUCUGGUAGUCAUAUACAACAGCUACAUCUCCUUCAUAGAACCUAAUUAAGGACUUACUUAGCCUUAAUUGCCAAUAACUACCCCAAAGUACAAAACCCUUUUUUCCAGACUUCAAAAAAUGUAGAAAUUGGAAACCAUGAUUAUUCAAAAUUUUGGAGAAACACCUUAACAAGGUGCCUUAUGGGCAAUGCACCAAGUUCUGAGAUUCAUUUCUAGAAAAUUCGACUCUUGGCCAAAUUAAUCCCAAAGUUAGGUACAAAUACAGGCUAAAAAAACCCUUGAAUUUAUAAUGAUAGUUUUCACAGCUUAUGAAUGUGUUUUCUUGCUUUAGAAAUCCAUAAACGUGAGAUAAGGUUAUAUAGAUCAAGUUACCAACCCACGAAAGUUGAAGGGCUUUUGAAACUUAAGUAAACAUGACGCUAAUCCAGAUCUCACAAAACCACUCUCAAAUGAUUUAUACUUUGCUCUUAUUGGCAGACAAUGGGCGAAAGCUGUUCUACACAUUACACAUUCGGAAUGUUACGAUGAAAUAUGAUAGUCAAAGUGGACCAAUAGGAAAUUACUUCUGUCGGGCCUACGCAGUUAAUAGCACAAAAUAUAAAAGGCAUGGCUUCUAUAUCAAUGUUAUACAAGGUAGUAUAUCCUAUGGUCUAUAACCGACACUUCUUGGUUUAUUAAUUUUGAUGAUAAUAAUUAAUUGAGAUUACAACAAAAGUAUAAUCAUGGUAAAUGUAUUGUGGAUCUUUUUACGUGUAAAGAAGAUUCUUCGUCACACUCUUUUGUUAAUGCAGAGGUCGUUUAAAAUAAUGACCUACAAAGAUACUUUCCAGCUCCUCUGUGAUGCCCUAUAAAAACUAGCUGCGUUUUGAUAAACAGUUCGCGAACAAGUCGAUUUAUGUGAUUACAUCACAUAUGUGAUUGCAUGGCUAAAAAAACAACAAUGAAGGCCUAGUAAAAGGUUAUCACCCGAAGCCGAUAACAUCAGGAGCAACCAACGACGGUUUCCUCCAAAAAACGUUGAAAACACUUUUUAGGCUAUCCAAAAUACUUUUAGAUCUCUAGAAUGCAUUUUAAGCGACGCUACAAAAUUUUUUCUAUUCGGUCGUCCUAGGGGAACUUAAGUCUUUUCGAAAUUAUAAGGGCUUCAGUAUUUUAUUUCCGAAACUUUAAGGUGCAAUUUAACAUUUUACAAAAAAGAGAAUAAUUCUGAUUCCUCUCAACUUCAGAAAAUCGUAGGGAAUUUAUUAUAGAGAAGCUUCGAAAAUUGCGCAUGAAUGAAGGUUGAUCUAGAAAUUUUUAGCCGUCCUCAAGCAAAAGAAAACUCUAGACAAUAUUUGCUUCUCCGAACAAAUAUUUUACAGAAAACGGUCGUUGGGUGCCCGCGUAACCUGUAUGGAGACCUUGAAUAUUCCAGGUACCAAAAAAACCGAAUCUAACUGAUAUUAUUGUACACUGUUUUGAAGUCAAAUAACGACACUGAACAUAGUUAUCAGCAAGCAGAUAAUGUGCUGAUUUCCAAAGUUAACUGUAGGCUCUUAGCCAAUGAGAAGACAGAUAGUGAGUACAAUGUAUAAUAUUUUAUAUUUUCAGAAAGUGAGUUCCCUAAAGUUGAAACUUCCAAAGUUGAUGUCCUUGAGCCUGGUGAUACAGCAACAAUAACAUGCAAUAUGACUUACAGAGGAUAUCGUCACAAUAUACUUAAGCAGAUUGCCUGGUUUAAAAAUGGCCGCAUGCUACGAAGUGUGAAAAAUCCUAAUCCUGCAGAUCCUGAAAAGGCCCUUGGUCCGCUGGUUAUUGAGGAGGCGAUCGCCAAAGACGGCGGAAAUUACACCUGCGUGAUAAAUGUAAUGCUUCGUGCUGUGCUAGAGUACAAUGUGUCAGAUAUCACUCCCGUCUCAGGUAAGAGUCAUUGGAUGAGCCCAUGGCCAAAAACUGAGUAUAAUAUGAAGAAUCAUACAUAAUUCUGUUGAAUGGAUGAAAGCAAAAACUAUCCUUUGUACUGUGAGCAAACUGCUUUACAUGUAGAAUUUGAAGUUUUUGGUCAGUUUCCACGUAGUGAUUUUAUCACAGGUGUCAUUCAUGCCGGAAACUCUUUCCCUGCCUCGCCUUUCAGUCCCUACUCUGCAGUUAGGCAAAGAAAACAGCAAUGGAAACAACCAUUUAUUGACUCAAAAAUACAUGUAUAAAAUUUGGCAAUACGAAUGGAUGAAAAUAAACAAGAGAAAUUAUUUUACUCAACUUUAAGCGGGUUUUUCAAAAGCAUCAGCUAGUCAAGUUGGUUUAUGAAAUAGGAAGUCGGAGAUACAAUCAUCAAAUCAGCCCUGAAUUGCCGUAUUGUUGUGAUUAUUAAAAAAUGUUAAAACGACUCAGUCGCAAGCAGGGUACGAGUUAAACACCAGGGGCACUUAGCGACUUUUCUGCAAAGUAGUAACUGUUCGAAGGAACAAAUAUUGCCUUUAAGGAAUACAAAGACAAAAACCACUUUCGACACCAAUGAAGCAUUUAAAAACAUCCGGUAGUUGGGUGCUCCUACCACGAGUACGACAACGAGUACGAGAUUUUCUCAAUGCCAAGUAGUACUUACGCGUAGCUGUCGUCAUCCUCUACUACAAGUCGGAAACAAGUUAUCAAAUCAAAUGUUAGGAGUUUUAUCAUUUUGCGAUCGGGAGAGGGCGUAACCUCCUUCACUAAAGGUAACAGUGCUAACUUUUCUAGUAAAAAAUGGUAAAAUGAAGCUUUACGGGGAGUCUAUAUCUUGAGAAUACGCGAAAAAACGUUAAGUUAAAUCUCGUACUCGUCGUCGUCGUCGAAUCUAAAGGUCUCUAAGUACUUGAAAUGGCUCCAGUUAUAUCCCACGUAAAGUGCUGACGAUUUAGAGACAGUCAUGGCCGGGAACCAGAUGGAUGAUAAGAACACAACUGUCAGUCAGAUCUACUACGAUUGUGUGCUAUGGGAUAAUCAGAUCACUAAAAAGUGACUUUUAUUCAAUUUUAACUCUAAUCUUAGCUUUUAGUCGCCGGUAUUUUUAGUCAUCUCUAUGGGCAGCAAUCCCGCGAGCAUUAUUCUAAAAAGGUAACAUAAUAUAACUCCACCCCUUUAGUUUCAAGCAAAGUAUUACUUUUUUAUUAACAUUAAAGUCGUUUUUCCAGUAGCAACAACGCUUGAAUACAAGGAGGCAGAAAGCAAAGCAGUGAAAACAGGAGAGGACGUGACACUGGAAUGCCGUGCGCGAGGUUUUCCUUUAAAUCUGGAGUGGAAAGUUCGCAAAAACAAGGACAAAAAGGCUAAAUGCUUUAGUAAGUUCUAUUGAAUUAACGUUUGAAUAAUUAUUCAUUUAAUUUUUUAUGUAAAACAUCGACUCUAGGAAAGAAAAGACCAAGGUCACAGGUAGGAGAGAGUAGUUGCACUCCUCCCCUUUGAUUACUGGCCGUUUAAUAGUUUGUUUUUUUGUUUGAUUUUCGCCAUGUAACGUGAAGUCUUUAUUUAAAAGCAUAGAUUAUUUUUUAACAACCUUCUACCUAAAACUUCAGCAUCCAUUUUUUUUACGUUAACUUGCCUGGAGAAACCACUGCUCGCAGGUUACCUAAACUUUUCACCAACUAAUUGACUUGAUUUUUGGUAACAGAUACAUCAAUAGAUGGCCGAUUCAAGAUAAUACAGGAGAAAAUGUAUGAUCCUUAUUUCUUGACAAUCACCAAUCUGAACACCAACGACACUGGUAUCUAUUACUGUUGCCUGCCAUCCAACUGCUCUGCCAAGGUCACUAUUAAAGAACACUGUCAGCGGUUUACCCUCAUUGUUACUGGUAAGUUCUUUUAAUCCCUGUUAAUUUCCAUCAUUUUGAGGUUGCUAUGGGACUGGGUUGGUGCUGGGUCAAAUUUCUCUAUAGGACUGUUUCGGGGACCGCUAUCGUUUCCUUGGGGGGUACUCCUGGGAAUUCUUGGUGGGGGUGUAUCCCCCGGUUCUCCAAAUCCUGACCACAUUUCAGACCAAAAAAUGUCUUUUUCCGCUCCCGUUUUCAGACCUGGCCUCUAAAAUCCAUACCCUUUUUCGGAACUAACAAAUAAGGAUCCAAAUGGAUCCAAAUUCGUUCCCCAAAACAGUCCCACAAUGCCAUUCCACAUAUUCACUCACCCAGUCUUACUCAGAACCUGAGAACGGCAAAUACGACUCCCACUGCAGAAGUUUGGGCGGAGCGUUGCUCGACAACCCAAUAGCGGUUGCCAAGAGACUAACGCUGACCAUAAUUUUAAAGAAACAAUUGAUCUCGAGUUUGAAAACUCUCCUCGCUAACAGUUGUGGACUUAGUCAUGAUCAAUGUAAUGUCUUGAGACAUUUAUAAUGUGAUGUGCUGUCUAGUAUAAGAAGACUACAUACGCCAAGAAAAUAUUUUCAUUUUUUGUUAUCAACAAUUUUGUUUUUGUUCUCAACAGAUCCGGCAUAUAGUGGUUCCACAAUGCUAUGGGCAUCUCGUGGCGUGAUUCUUGCUCUGAUGACCCUCUUGUUCAUACACCCGUAA